AUGGCUAAGGUAAGAGACCUCCAAGAGUUCAUUUCGCUAGGUAGGAGUAUCGGUGUCCCUGAGUCGGACAUUCUCUCGUUUGCUCAGAAUGAGAGGAAGUUAGAGCUAGAGUUACUUGAGGCCGAUAGGGCCGAACGCCAGGCAGAGAGAGAAGCACAGAAGGCAGAUAGGGAAAAGGAGUUAGAGUUAGCACGGAUUGCAUCCGAAAGGGCCGACAAAGAUUUAGAAAUAGCUAGGUUAGAGUCUGAGAGAGAGCUAGCUAGGAUAGAGUCUCAGAAGGAAAUAGGGUUAGCUAGGUUAAAUAGACAAGCGGACACUAGUGAUAACUCGUCAACAAGCUCUUCUUUAGAUACACCCCGUAAUCCUGUUAAACCCCCACAGCUCCCAAAGUUUGACGAACGGGUGGAUGAGAUAGAUAGUUACAUCACCCGCUUCGAACGCCAUGCACAAACUGUUGGGUGGUCCCAGGAUGACUGGGCCACUUAUCUGCUGUCCCUAUUGACAGGAAAAGCCCUCAAUACUGCAAAGAGGUACGAGGUGCAGGUCACGAAACAUUACCCAUCUCUGAGGGAAGCCUUGUUAAAAUCCUUCGAAUACACUAGUGAUGGGUAUAAAGGGAAAUUUAGGACUGCUCGUAUAGAAAGGGGAGAAACGUAUCAACUUUUUGGGACGAGAAUCAAAGGGUACCUAAAUAAAUGGGUGCAAAUGUCUGGGGCCGAACAGACAUUCGAAGGCCUUCUUCAGCUACUGCUGAUUGACCAGCUAUUGGAUAGGGCAUCAGAAGGGCUUACAAUAUUUCUAAAGGAAAGAAACCCCACGUCCUGGGACCAAACCUUAGAGUUGGCCGAAAACUAUAGACUGGCACAUGCGACCAGGAGUUUAGAAACAUCGAAAUCUAAACACAAGGGGGAAGAACCCAGUCUAGGAUACAUGGGGAGUCGUUCCACACCCCAUGCCAAUUACGCAACUGAUAAGAGGGUGAGUCCGGUAGGUGCUGUACAGGAAGGGAGGGCGACCGCUCCCAAACUCAAAGCAGGCCAUAAGGAAAGGGGGAGGAAACCUGUGGUCUGGCGAGAAGAAGAGGGAAGAAGUCCCAUAGCUGAUGGGUUCCUGAACGGAACUCCUAUUAAAGUGUUACGCGACACUGGGAGCUCAGUGGUAGUUGUGCGAUCUACCCUGGCACCUAAGCGUACUGGUCGAUUUAGGUGGAUUAAAACCAUCGACAGUACUAUGUUGAAAGUGGCGACUGCCAUGGUGCAGAUAGAUUCGCCUUAUUUUACUGGGGAAGUGGAGGCCCAUUUGUUGGAUCAUCCACUAUAUGAUUGUGUAGUUGGAAACAUACCUGGCGCUGCAGAUCCUUUUCAGCCAAAUCCUAAUUGGGGGGAUUCAGCUAAGGUAACUUUUGAGGAGAGUGAGGCCAGAAGUGCCAAGAUCUCGUCCUCUGCAGAGGUGAAUGGGGUGAUUCCCCCAUGCUCACCUAUUUAA